UUCAGGGGGACGAUUAGUUCCGGGAUGUGGGACUAUUUCUCCCGAAUGGCCGCUCAGGAGCAAGCGUUGAAAGGUGCAAGGAUACAGCGGAGCUCCACGUCGCUAGCAGGUGCACAGUCGUUUCGUGAAUUUUUAAAUCCCUUGAGACAAACGCCAUGGCGCCGCUUUCGGCGUUUCCAUCUUUCCCUUCAUGGUGAACAACGCGUCUGCUGCUAGCCACACGCCCUUGUUUACACUUUACGAAUGUCACGCAGAUCCCGGAGCGACUGCCGCACCUGACGUCAGAGUGACCGCAGUCUUGGAAUAGAGAAGGCAUCACUCUAGAAUCCACGUCCACCAUGUCAGGGACAUACACACCGGCUCCCGGCGGGCCCUUCUCGGCUCUCACUCCAAGCAUGUGGCCCCAGGACAUUUUGGCAAAGUACCAUCAAAGAGACAACUCGGAACAGACUGAACUCAAGUACGAUGAGUUUGGCUUCAGAGUGGACUUGGACGCGACUGAUGAUCCCGAUCCUUGGCUGGGCACCGAAGGCUCACCGCAGUGUGAAAACCCUCAGCAGAGGUUGCGCUGGCAAGCCCAUUUGGAGUUCACGCAUAAUCACACCGUGGGCGACCUCACCUGGGAGCUCAUUGCGCCGGUCCUUCCGCGCUCCGAACGCCUGCGCGCACUCGUACUCGGUGGCAUCCCUCAUAGCAUGAGGCCGCAGUUAUGGAUGCGUCUGUCUGGAGCGCUGCAGAAAAAGAGAACUUCUGAAAUCACCUACAAAGAAAUCAUCAAAAACAGCUCCAACGAUGACGCCUCCACAGCCAAACAGAUAGAGAAGGACCUGUUGCGGACAAUGCCCACCAACGUGUGCUUCAAUAACCUAACAAGCGUCGGGGUCCCGAGGCUGCGACGGGUACUUCGAGGCCUGGCCUGGCUUUACCCCGACAUUGGCUACUGUCAGGGAACUGGAAUGGUGGUUUCCUGUCUGUUGCUCUUCAUGGAGGAGGAGGAUGUGCUGUGGAUGAUGUGUGCUCUGAUUGAAGACCUCCUCCCACCGUCGUACUUCUCCUCCACCCUGCUGGGCGUCCAAACGGACCAGAGGGUGCUUCGUCAGCUCAUCGUUCAGUACCUACCGGCCCUUGACCGCCUUUUGCAAGAGCAUGACAUUGAGCUGUCUCUGAUCACGCUGCACUGGUUCCUGACAUCCUUUGCCAGCGUGGUGGAUAUCCGUUUACUCCUCCGGAUCUGGGACCUCCUCUUCUACCAGGGCUCCUUGGUUCUCUUUCAAAUCACGCUGGGCAUGCUUAAGAUCAAGGAGGAAGAGCUCAUAUCGUCGGAAAACUCCGCGUCCAUUUUUAACACGCUCUCCGACCUGCCGAGCCAGUUGAGAGACGGGCCCGCAGUUCUCGGGGAAGCUUUGAGGCUGGCGGGCAAUCUGUCGCAGGACACGCUGGACGCUCACCGACACAAGCACCUUGCCUACAUCCUCAACGAACAGGCCCAGCUCGACAGUGGAAACGUGCCGCUCAAUUCCAAUCUCAACAAGCAGGUGGUGAGGAGACAGUCCCUGCGGAGAAAGUCCACUCUCAGCUCGCUGCUCUUUGGGGAGGAUGAGGCCGAAGCGCUCAAGUCCAAGAACAUUAAGCAGACCGAGUUGGUGGCGGCCCUUCGAGAGGCCAUCACGCGCACUUCUGAACAUUUCCACUGUCUGGACCCACGCCACUCCAGCACUGAGCUCACCCCUGACUACUCCAUGGAGAGCCACCAGCGGGACCAUGAAAACUUCCUGGUCGUGUCCCGAAACCGACGGAGACGAGCAAAGGCUUUGCUGGAUUUUGAGCGCCAUGAUGAUGACGAGUUGGGCUUCAGGAAGAAUGACAUCAUCACUAUCAUCUCACAAAAGGACGAACACUGUUGGGUCGGAGAGCUCAAUGGUCUUCGAGGCUGGUUCCCCGCAAAGUUUGUGGAGAUCCUCGAUGAAAGGAGCAAAGAGUACUCGUUAGCAGGGGAUGACUCGGUAACAGAAGCUGUGACCGAUCUCGCCAGAGGGACUCUGUGUCCGGCCCUCAAGGCCAUCUUUCUUCACGGCCUUAAGAAACCUUCCAUUUUGGGCGGGCCCUGUCACCCGUGGUUAUUCAUAGAAGAGGCGGCCAGCAGAGAGGUCGAGAGGGAUUUCAACUCUGUCUACUCAAGAUUAGUGUUGUGUAAAACCUUCAGGUUAGAUGAAGAUGGGAAGGUUCUAACACCAGAGGAGCUCCUAUACCGGGCGGUACAGUCAGUCAACAUGAGCCAUGACGUGGCUCAUGUUCAGAUGGAUGUCAAGUUCAGGUCUCUGGUCUGCGUGGGCCUCAAUGAGCAGGUGUUGCACUUAUGGCUGGAGGUGCUGUGUUCCAGCAUGGCGGCUGUCGAGAAAUGGUAUCAUCCGUGGUCGUUCCUGCGCAGUCCCGGAUGGGUCCAGAUCAAAUGUGAACUCAGGGUCCUUUCAAAGUUUGCCUUCAGUCUUUCGCAAGAUUGCGAAUUACCGGAGCGGAAGGAGGAGAAGGAGCAGAGGCCACUGAAAGAGGGCGUGCAGGAUAUGUUGGUGAAGCAUCAUCUCUUCAGCUGGGACAUUGACGGCUAAACAAAAAAUUGGGCAAAAACUGUAUCCUCACAUGAGUGUGCGUGUGUGACUUGUGUGUCUUUUGAAACAUGUUUUUGUCUGAUCCUUGGACUCAACAUGGACUUUGUUGGAACAUGGCAACACAUUUCAAUGACUAUAAGCCUCCUGGUUGCCAUUAAGGGUCACUGGUUUGUGUGAACUCAAGUGUGCGUGCAUCAAGAUGCAUCCAAUUUUAUUUAUUUAUUUUUUUGUUCACGGUGGUUUUGGAGGAUGUUUUGGAAACUUUAUUAUGGAGGUGAAAAAGAAGUACAGAAUCGUCUGUAUUCACUGGACUGCAGUCCUUACUUUCAGCCAGUUUUUUUUUUUUUGCUCCCCCACUAGUUGAUUGGUGCACGAGGGAGGCUUGAGGGGCAUCCUCUCGUGAAGUGCAGCCAUUGUUCUCUCACACCAAAACAUUUGACUUUUCCAUAUCACCGACCAAUACAUUGAAAGACCAAAACAGAAUAUUCUUUAAAGCUUGUAAAUUUUGAAAUUAUUUUUCACAGAACUUGUCUCAUAUUACGCUAAAUGUAAAGUGCCAAGUACAGCCUUUAGACUGUGUAUAUUAUCGUGUGUGUGAAUGUGUGCUACCUGAACUGUGGUAGUGAAUAAUGCACGUUGAAGAAAAAUGGUGUUCUGCAAUCCAAAUAAAAUUAUCUGAUGAGA